GGUUACCACACUGCUUACCUGUGAAGCAAUCUUCCCGCAAGAAGGCUGAGUUUCUCAGCCAGAGGCCUAUAAAUGCUGGGCCCCCAUCUUUCUGUCAAACCCCUCUGUGUGACUUCUGGGCUUGGAGUGCAGGAAGAUGGCUGACCAACUGUCGCAGCUGGAAAGCAGCAUAGAAACAAUCAUCAAUAUCUUCCACCAGUACUCUAUACGGCUGCAGCCCCCGGACACCCUGAACAAGAAAGAAUUCAAACAGCUGGUGAAAAAAGAGCUGCCAAACUUUCUCAAGAAGGAGACAAAGGAUGACAAAGCCAUUAACGAGAUCAUGGAGGACCUGGACACGGAUGUAGACAAGGAGCUGAACUUCCACGAGUUCUCCGUGCUGGUGGGCAAGCUGACGGAAGCCUCCCACGAGGAGAUGCAUAAGACGGCGCCCCCAGGAGUAGGCCACAGGCACGGGCCAGGCUUCGGGGCAGGUGGUUCAGGCCACGGCCACAGCCAUGACAAUCACGGCCACAGCCAUGGCAAUCACGGCCACAGCCACUAAUCAGGUCAGGCCACCAGCCCCUGCCCACCUAGGGCCACGGGGCUGCCUUAGCUGCAGGGCAGGGAGAUGGGGGGUGAAAUAUAAAGUCUUCCUCCAA